GCCAGUACGAUAUACAGAUAGACUUGAAAUAGCUUGACAGGAGCAUGUUCUGGUUGUGAAUCUGUGAAAGAUAUGAUAUUCCAAUAAUUGCUUGACAUGCUCGUAGUACAAGGAAGAGACUGGUCUAGCUUGGGCCACUAGCGCUUUCUCACUUCCACCACCACGACCUCCUGCACGACUUCCACGCUCUUGACGACGGCGACGACCUAAUUGUACGAUGAAUAAACCAGAGCGCGGGAGCACCUCACCAUCGUCGCCGUCAACGUCCAAAUUACCCAAGUUCCUGCAGAAGACAUCGAGGGACAGGUCGCGGUCUAUGGUUGAUCCCUCGGGCAGUUCUAGCACGACAGCGAGUAGCUCCAGUUCCCCUGUCUCGGACUCCCCCAAGUCAGGCAGUAGUCGACAUAUGGGGCGAAAUUCAAGCAAGAUACUGUUUGGGUCAAAGGAAGAGAAACGCCGACAGUCGCAGGAUAUCGCCGUCGAAGGUCCUUCAGCCCCGAAUAACGAAAGAACAGCAAGUCCAGAGGCACAGGACGAACCCCCUGUCAUCGUCGAGCCGGUGUCAAUACCACGUCCUAGAACACGUUCAGAACGACCUCUAUCAGACAAUUACUCUGUACCAUUCUACCCCUCAUCCUCUACUAGCCGCAUCACCGAUUUCCCAAGCAGACUUUCCGGUUGGUUCUCUCAUACAUUCAGUUCAUCCUCCACAGAUCUCACCUUGCCCUCUUUAAUCUCGCAACAACAUCUGUCGUCGGUUGGUUCACCCAAAGGCAAAGGCGCUGCUGCCUUGCUUACCGCCGCCAAGCACGGCAAGGGUCACCUUGAUAAAGCUAUGCGAUAUCUCUUGGAUAGUGACGCUACGCCAGACAAAUGCAUGGAUCCCAUAUGGAUCCUAGGCAUUGAGCAUCCAGGUUAUGAACCUCCUUCGCCUUCAGCAUCCCUAAACGGCCGGCGUACAUCUAUUGGGGACUCUCGGCGCUCACCCUCAUACCGUUCUUCCCCUCCUCCAGAUCCAUCUCUUUCCCAAUCGCACCCGGCCUCAUCAAUUAAAGAUAACCCUGGCCGCAACUGGCCGCCUGUAUUCUAUGCUGACUUUACUUCUCGGAUAUGGCUAACAUAUCGUUCGCAAUUCCUUCCUAUACGUGAUAUCACGCUGGAGGAGCUGGAAGCUGCGGAUGCGGCAGGUGAAUCAGGAGGAAGAAUGUCGGCUAGUCCGCCACCCAAGAAAUGGAAUUGGCCAAUAGGAGGCGAGAAGGGUUGGUCGAGUGAUGCCGGUUGGGGUUGCAUGCUCCGAACGGGACAGUCACUGUUGGCGAAUGCACUUUUGCAUCUUCACUUGGGAAGGGAUUGGCGACGUCCUCCAUACCCUGUGUGCACGGCGGACUACGCCACUUAUGUGCAAAUUCUAACAUGGUUUCUGGAUGAUCCGUCACCCAUUUGCCCAUUCAGCGUACACCGAAUGGCACUCGUUGGCAAACAGUUAGGCGUACGUGUCGGACAGUGGUUCGGUCCCAGUACGGCUGCUGGUGCUAUCAAGAAACUUGUACAUGCAUUUCCUGAAGCCGGGUUGGGCAUUUACGUCGCAGCUGACGGUGGAACGAUUUACGAAUCCGAUGUUUUUGCUGCCUCUCAUUCUGGCAUGGCCUCUCCGAGACGAGGUUCGCAGAAGUCUUGGGGUGACCGUGCGGUUCUCGUCUUGAUUGGUCAUCGUCUCGGUAUCGACGGUGUCAAUCCGAUUUAUUAUGAUACACUCAAGGUAAUUUUAUCAAUAACUAAUGGUCUAUGCCUUGAGCUAACAUAUCGACGUGACAUACAGGAGCUCUAUACUUGGCCACAAUCGGUGGGGAUCGCUGGCGGACGACCCUCAUCAUCAUAUUAUUUCGUCGGUUCUCAAGCGGAUAACUUAUUCUAUCUGGACCCUCAUCAUGCGCGGCCUGCAAUUCCUCUUCGUCCUCCGCCUCGGAUAGGCGAUGAAUUCCCCUUUUCGUCUCCCCGACAGCCUUCUCCAGAACCCACCUACGCAUCUGAACGUGAACGUGAGCGCGAGCGCGAACGUCAUCCCCGUACACCUCAGCAUCGACACCUGCGUUCUCCUACCUCUCCUUCGUCACUUCGAUCCAGCACAGGAUCAAAUUCUUCCGCAUUCUCGCAUCGCGGUGUGCCUUCACCAUCACCAUUACAGCAACAGAUAUCGACCUCUUCGGCUUCGUCUGGCCAGUCGUCUACUUCGCAUGCACGAUGGCAAUCGUCAAGUGUCAUUCCCGAUGAGUCUUCCAUGGACUCUCGGGAAUUGGAAGGAGACUUGUCCGGCCUGGAUCCUCUACAGCGGCACUAUGUCACAGCGUACUCUCCAGCUGAACUCAAGACUUUCCAUUGUGAUCGAGUCAGAAAGAUGCCUUUGUCUGGCUUGGACCCUAGUAUGCUCAUGGGAUUCCUGUGUAAGGAUGAGCAUGAUUGGAACGAUUUCCGUAGCCGUGUUAGUCAGCUCAACCAACGCUAUAAGGCAACUGUGAUCUCAGUCCAGGACGAACCACCUAACUGGACAUCUGAUUCAGAAAUGGAUCUACGGUCCAUGUCAGACCAUGAUAUCGAUAUCGACUUGCCGGAGGAGGAUGACGAGGAUGACCUGUCUUCUUCGGACGCAAGUCGCCCACCCAGUGUCUCUUCCCCUGAUACGAGCGUCAGUGCGCGAGGUGGUGCUGAUACAGAGGAGGAUCCCGUUGACCCAGUCACACCUGGAGCUCCGAAGACUUCAUUUGACAUGAACUCCCAAGACAAAUUGUUUGAGCGAAGUGCCAGUAUCGGCAGCGACGCCGGAGACGAAGGAACUUCGUUGAGCUUCGACGAUGAGGAAGAUGAGGAAUGGCUCGACCCUUCCGAGAUGCCUCAAACGCCUUUACCGUUAUGGAAUCCUCCUCCGAUAGCACUCCAGCAAUCUGUCUCUAUGCAUGCGCCAUCGUUAUCUGCGUCCAGGUCGUCAAGCUCGUCCAUUAGUCGCGAGAGUAGGGCAAGUGCCGAGAGUAAGAAACCACGAGAGCGCAGGAGAACGAAGAAAUCGACAUCCUCUGGACAUACCAUCACAAGGACAUCGUCAUCACAUCAAUCUCAACAGCCUCAAUACCCAUUCCCUGCUACCCACCCAGAAGAAGAUUUGGCCAAGUCGACCUCAAGCCCAGGACGUGUUCCGAAGAUGAGGACGGCUGUUGCACGAGACGGUGGGCGGACGCAGAGUGGUGGAAUUAAAGGCUUGAUACCCGACGAUGCAGACGACUUCUAAGCCCUGUCCUUGUCUUUUGCUUUCGAAAUACCACAACAGCCCGAUAAAUUUUUUUCUGAGUUUUACUCACUCAUAUUGUCCUCCGGACUUCGAUGCAAUAGCGUGUAACAAUAUUGCGUGGUUUCGGUCUUCCUUUUUUGGAUUCAAGCUUCAAACUCGCAUCGGCUGUAUUCUUUUCCCUUGUCAUUCUCCCUUCUGAGGGGUGUCGUAUACGUUGUAUCCUCUAUAAAUGUGGUUGCUCGUUUGCCCUUGUCUAAUCAUACCAAAUUCGUACUUUCGGAAGGUGGCAAAAACGUGGAGAACGAAUUCAGAUCAACAUUUGUUCCCUAUCGAGUACAAACACCAUACAACCCUGCUCACAUCCUUCAUAUUGCACUACCCAUAAUUGUUGGCGAUAAAUGCAUCAUGUGUUUGCCCUUUAAUGUUGUGAGCUACAGUACAUCUUGCAGCUCCUCGGCCGAAAAGUCUCAAAGCCUGCUCACUGACCUGUUCGUUUUGGCAUGCACCUUGCCUCUCUUAUAUGUUGUACACACUACCCGGUGUCACCGUUGUCCUCCAUAGCAGAAAAGAAUGCCCUAACGAGAGAUACAGAUGUAGCUCGUCUACGUGGUGAAAACAUAUCAUAGGUUGUAAAAUCAAGACUACAUGUGCUAAAAUUCACGACAAAAGUGAUACGUGUUAGCGGAGGGUGGACAAGCUACUCUGAUUGGUCCUCGCUCCUAGAGAUCAUAAAGACGCCGUCAUUGACGGAAGAUGGGCCUGCUAACAGCGAAGGGCCAUGAGAUUUCCUCGACCUCUUUACCGAGGGUGCUUCAGGCUCUACAGAAUCUUCGGAUAGCAUUGAACGUUUCUUCCCUUUACUGUCGCUCCUCUCUGCCGCUGUAUUCGCGCUCGUUGAAUCAUUUAUUUGGGUGUUGCUAG